GGUUAUGCAAAGAGCUCAACCACCUUCCGUUGCAAUGCGAUGAGGUUGAGAAGGACGAAGAUGUCAAGGCACGCGUCCACGUUGAAAAUAAGAUGACCGAUGCAAUAUUGAGAACAUGCUACAAAUGUCAGAGAAAGUUUAUCAAGGAGGAGGACGGCUGCACCAAGAUAACGUGCAUAUGUGGUGCGCUGUCAUGUUAUGUCUGCAAAAAGCCAGUGAUAGGGUAUGAUCACGUUAAUGGACUUGGAGGCAGUCAGUAUGAGAAGUGCCCGCUGUAUGUCGACAUGAUAGCAUUGCAACAAAGUGAACUUACUGCGGCAGCUGAUGAAGCGAAGAAGCAAGUUGAUCCCAACAGGUUGAAGUUUGAUCCGUCAAUUGAUCUUGACAAAUACUUUAACAUAAACGAUAGACUGCCGUGCAACCAAGAUGGAUGCAGGUACUGCAAGAAAUAAAUCAUCCCAUAGAGCCCCAAAGAGAACUAAAUGGGAUUGUCAAUGUACAGGAACCAAU